AUCAUUGCUUUCUUAAUAACCUCUGAGAGUGGCCGAACUCCGGCCCUAAAGAUAGCUGGCAAUUGUGAUGCUGCCUCUAACGGCUGCACCUUCUAGAGCUCCCAGAUUUCUACUUGCCAGAGCAAUGUCAUCAAAGUCCUCUCUCUUCUGGUGGCGGGUAGGGUCGGAAACAAGCAUGUCUUCUCCUGCUGAUGCUAAGCAAGUAGCUAACUAUCUCUACAACAACUUCUUAGAUGGACAAUCAGCUUCUCGACCUUUCGGGUCUGUCAUUUUAGAUGGCGUAGACUUUGACAUGUCCGAUUUCGAGAGAAAAGGCAUUCGUCUUUACUAUGAUGAUCUAGCACGGGACCUCUCGGGUUUCAGCACACAACAGAGAAAAGUCUACUUGUCAGCAGCACCACAAUGUCCUAUCCCUGACGCUAAACUAGACGCUGCAAUUCAAACUGGCCUUUUCGACUACGUCUGGAUACAAUUUUACAACAACCCACAGUGUCAUUACACAGGCACAGCUACUAAUCUUUUGGCAAGGUGGAGACAGUGGGCUGCCGCGACUCCAUCACGCAGUCAGAUCUUUCUUGGAUUACCAGCGGCGCCUGCAGCAGCACCUAGUGGUGGCUAUAUUUCACCGAGUGCAUUAACCUCUGAAGUUCUUCCAAGUAUCAAGACUACGCCAAGUUAUGGCGGUGUCAUGCUUUGGAAUAAGUUUUAUGAUACUGAGUUUUAGUUCAGCCAUCAAGAACAGUAUAUAAUUUGUUUAUCAACUGGAAAGAAAUAUGAUGUGAUACCAG